CCCAUUUCUUUCAAUACCAUAACACAGCUUCACCUUCAACCCUUAUUUCUUUGUGUUUUUUUAACAUUUGAGGUUUUUGUUGGUUUGAACUGUUCUGUAUAUUGUGAUUCACAAUACACAUCACCAGUCACCACCUUCAAACCAGCUAAACAGACACACAAACACAGUGAAUUAGGGUUUCGAAGUUCAAAUCAGGUCUUAUUUCGCUCACAACUCUCGUUUUACGGCUUCAAUCGAGGUUUAAUUUUGUUCGUAAGUUCAAAUCAAUGACAAAGUUUUAACUCGGAGAUCCCAAACUACAAUAUAGAAAGUAAUGUCGAUAGUUACGCGCUCGAAACGGAUUUUUUCAAUCGUUCAGAAGAGCAACAAGAAUCCUCGCUUGUAUUCAAGUGUGUCUGCAAAUGGUCCCAAUGAACCUAUCAUUUCUUCCUCUAUUCUCGGUAACCAGACUACAUCUUCAACUCCACCACCUCCACCACCGCCGCCGGAAGGUGCAGCUGCUGGCAAAGCAGGUGGGCAACCAUGGAGUUUCCUUAAGUAUACUUUAAUUGCUGCACUUACUGGAGGUGUUGCCACUGCUGGUUAUGCGACCUACGCAUACACUUUAGAAGAAGUUGAUGAGAAGACAAAGGCUUUGCGUGCAUCAGCAAAAGUUUCUGUAACCGAUGAUAUGUCUUCUUUUGAUAAAUUUCAAGCAAUGCUAAAGUCAGCUACAAUGACAGUACCUGCCAAGUUAGUUGAGCUUUAUUUGGAUCUGCGCGCUACUACAGAAGAGCAUGUUCGAGGAUUUACUGAACCCUCAUCAGAGAUGCUUCUUCCAGAUUUGCACCCACAAGAACAGCACGUGUUCACACUGGUUUUGGAUCUUAACGAAACUUUACUGUAUUCUGAUUGGAAGCGUGAUCGAGGUUGGAGAACAUUCAAAAGGCCAGGAGUUGAAGCCUUUUUGGAGCACCUUGCUCAGUUUUACGAAAUCGUAGUGUAUUCCGAUCAGCAAGCUAUGUAUGUUGAUCCUAUUGUUGAUAGAUUGGAUGAAAAGCACUGCAUAAGGUAUCGGCUAUCAAGGGCUGCAACUAGAUAUCAAGAUGGGAAGCACUAUAGAGAUUUGUCAAAGCUGAACAGAGAUCCCAGAAGAGUUUUGUAUGUGAGUGGUAAUGCUCUUGAGAGUUGCCUUCAGCCAGAGAACUGUGUACCAGUAAAACCAUGGAAAUGUGAAGCUGAUGACACAGCACUUUUGGAUCUAAUUCCGUUUCUUGAGUACGUUGCACGUCAUAGGCCUGCUGAUAUUCGACCUGUACUAGCCUCAUAUCAAGGACGUGAUAUAGCCAAAGAGUUCAUUGAACGUUCUAAAGAACACCAGAAGAAAAUGCAGGAGCAGAAGCAACAAGGACGUCUGUGGCGGCGCUGAUUUGCUGGGUUCUAUGAGACGCCGAUAAGUAAAUCUGUUUUAGCAGAUUGAGACUAAAUUGAUUAGGACUAUAAAGAUUGUUGUUCCGUUUAGGCCAUAUACUAUAUCAAUCGGAGGAGAAAGUUUAGUUACCGUGAUUUCGGUUCUUGUCUUGACAUUUUCCGACGUGGAGAAAAGUUUUGAGAAUAAAAACUUGAACAUGACUGCUAGUUUUGGUUCUUCA